AUGGAUGAUUCCUAUGUAUCAUUGUAUGUGGGAGAUUUACACCCUGAUGUUAAUGAAGAGCAAUUAACUGACGCUUUUAAUGAAUUUAAAACCUUAACAUCUGUUCAUAUUUGUCGUGAUUUCGUUUCUGGCAGGUCUCUUUGUUAUGGUUAUGUUAAUUUCGUCUCCCCUCAAGAUGCUAAGAAAGCUAUUGAGGUAAAGAAUCAUAUGAAACUGAAUGGGAAAGCUAUAAGGGUAACUUGGUCACUUCGUGAUUCCGAUGCUAGAAAAAUUGUAGCUGGAAAUGUGUUUGUUAAGAACCUUGAUAAAUCAAUUGAUGAUACGAAAUUGCAAGAGAUUUUUUCUAGAAUUGGUGAAGUCUCUUCAUGCAAAGUUCCUACAACAGAGGAUGGAAAUAGUAAGGGAUAUGGAUACGUUCAAUUCAGUUCUGAUGAGUCUGCAAAUGUUGCCAUUAAAACUUUAAAUGGGGCAAUUAUUGAAGGCAAGAAAAUACAUGUCAGCCAAUAUAUAAAAAGGGCCGAUCGAGUUUCAACUACCGUGAAUGACGCAAAUUUAUACUUCAAGAAUGUGGACCCUGAAAUUACACAAGAAGUUUUACAAAAGAAGUUUGCCAAGUUUGGCAACAUUUUGAGCAUGGUACUCUAUAUGGAUGAUAAUGGUGGCUCCAAAGGUUUUGGGUUUGUUAACUUUGAGAAUCCAAAUGAGGCUAAACAAGCUAUGGAAGCUAUGCAUGGCUUACAACUUGGUUCUAAGAUUUUGUAUGUGGCGAAGGCACAAAAGAAGGCAGACCGUGAACAAAUUCUACGAUCUCAAUUUGAAGAGAAAAAGGAGAAAAUAUCAAAGUACAUGGAUUCAAAUUUAUACAUAAAAAAUAUAAGUGAUGAGGUGAAUGAUGAAGCAUUGAUUGAACUAUUUAGCAAGUGUGGAACAAUUAGUUCAGCAAAGAUCAUGCGCACUGAAAAGGGAAUAAGCAAGGGAUUUGGAUUCGUUUGUUUCUCUACUUCUGAUGAAGCUGCUAAAGCUCUUAAAGCUUUUCAUAGGUACAUGUUCCAUGGAAAACCUUUAUAUGUGGCAAUUGCACAAAGAAAAGAAGAUAGAAAAGCUCAAUUGCAACUAAGAUUUGAACAAAGCUCGUCUAAAAGAGUUCCAAGUACAAUGAUUCAACAAGGAUACCCUUUUUACUACACUCCUACGGUUGUUUCACCACAUCAAGGAUUUUUUCAUCAACCACUUGGGAUGAAUCAAAUGUGGCAAAGUAAUGGUUUUGCUUCUACUCGCCAUCAACCUAUCCAAUCCUCCUUAGUUAAUGCUGUGACUUAUAAGACACCUAAUAUAAUGUAUGAAGGCAAAGAGUAUUUAAGUAAUGUGCUUGCUGCUGCUCCUCUUCAGAAACACAAGCAAAUACUUGGAGAAUAUAUCUAUCCACUUGUUUACAAGCAAAAGCCAGAACUUGCAGGAAAGAUAACAGGAAUGCUAUUGGAAAUGGACAAUGCUGAGUUACUUGUAUUAGUGGAGUCAAAUGAAUCCUUAAAAACUAAGGUGGAGGAAGCCACACAAGUGCUCAAACAAUCCAAGGCUAAAAUUGAUAAAAUCCAUUCCAAUUUUUUUACUUCUGAACUUGCCGUUAAUUAAAUAAAUAUAGGAUUGAUUUUCGUAUGUUUUUUUAAGCUCUUUUCA